UUCCAUGUCCUGUAUUAACCAAAGGUAGCAUAAAUGGAUGGAAGGUAAUAUAAUAAAACAUUUUAAACAACUUUGUGUCUGUGGAUGGAUUUGCUUCCAGAUGCAGAUUUUUCAGCACUGUCUCUUGUAGCAGCCAUAAGUUAAAGGAAAAAAGUAGGUAUUUUGUCUUUUUUAAACAAAAUGCUCACAAACUACAACGAUUCAGCUUGGUUUAGUGUUUGAGUUUCAUGGGGCAGAAGCCUGAUUAUCAGUUCAAUGCUAGAAUUAAUUUGAAGAAAUUACUAAUUAGUUAAUUACUAAUCUUAGUAAUUUUUCUCUAGGAUACAUAUAAAAAGUUUAUUGAAUAAUGUAUCAGUAGAUUAAUAGUUACACAUCAGUUUGACUUCCUGAAAAAAGAUUUUGUUGUAGUGCUGCCUGUGAGCCUAGAUACAAGUCAGGCUUUAGAACAGUUCGCUGAGCUUUGUCCUGAAUAUUUAUUUUUCUAAUUAUCCUAUUUCCAUAGUAAAAUUAAUAGGUUUAUUAGAUUUCUUGAGGACCUGCUCUCUUGUCUGUGACAAUACACAAAGAAACAAGUUUAUCUGGCUUUUAGGGAAAUUGCAGUUAGCUAACAUGAGCAGGACAAUGAAAAUCCAUCAUCCUACUGAAAAUAUCUAGGGGUGUGACACAGGCAGCUCUUGAGCAGACUUUUCAUAUUUAUUAAUUCUAUUUUUCAAGUUGUGAUCUUUAAAUAAAUUGUAACACUGCGCUGAAAGAUGCUUGGUAAAUGUUGAAGGUUAACUUUGUUGUAUUAAUUCUCUCAUUUUGAAGCAUUGUAUUUUCAAUUUUACACCUUUCAGCCUUUUCACUUUUUCCAGCAUAGGAAUCUCUUUAACUCGGAAUGUCUCUGCAUCAGUUCCUGCUGGAGCCAAUCACCUGCCAUGCCUGGAACAGAGACCGUACUCAGAUUGCCAUUAGCCCUAACAACCAUGAAGUGCACAUCUACAAGAAAAGCGGGAACCAGUGGGUGAAGGCUCAUGAGCUGAAGGAACACAAUGGACACAUUACAGGCAUUGACUGGGCUCCCAAAAGCGACCGCAUCGUGACGUGCGGCGCUGACCGCAACGCCUACGUGUGGAGCCAGAAGGACGGCGUGUGGAAACCCACCCUCGUCAUCCUCAGGAUCAACCGUGCCGCCACCUUUGUCAAGUGGUCUCCCUUGGAGAACAAAUUUGCUGUGGGAAGUGGAGCUCGACUCAUAUCUGUGUGCUACUUUGAGUCUGAAAAUGAUUGGUGGGUGAGCAAACACAUUAAAAAACCCAUUCGUUCCACUGUCCUGAGCCUGGACUGGCACCCCAACAAUGUCCUGCUGGCUGCAGGAUCCUGUGACUUCAAGUGCAGGGUGUUCUCUGCUUACAUUAAGGAAGUGGAUGAAAAGCCAGCCAGCACACCUUGGGGCUCCAAGAUGCCUUUUGGGCAGCUGAUGUCAGAAUUUGGGGGCGCGGGCAGCGGAGGGUGGGUGCACAGCGUGAGCUUCUCCGCCAGCGGCAACCGCCUGGCCUGGGUCAGUCAUGACAGCACCGUGUCAGUGGCUGAUGCCUCCAAAAACAUGAUGGUUUCGCAGCUGAAAACAGAGUUCCUCCCACUCCUGAGCGUGUCCUUUGUCUCUGAGAACAGCGUGGUGGCAGCUGGCCACGACUGCUGCCCGAUGCUCUUCAACUGUGACGACCGUGGCUUGCUGAGCUUCGUUUCCAAACUAGACAUUCCCAAACAGAGCAUCCAGCGCAACAUCUCCGCCAUGGAGCGCUUCCGGAACAUGGAUAAAAGAGCCACCACGGAAGACCGUAACACCACCCUGGAGACACUGCACCAAAACAGUAUAACCCAAGUGUCUAUUUAUGAGAUAGACAAACGGGAUUGUCGGAAAUUCUGCACCACCGGCAUCGAUGGAGCAAUGACCAUCUGGGAUUUCAAGACUUUAGAGUCCUCCAUCCAAGGGCUACGAAUCAUGUAAAGAUGGAUUUCCAUGAUCUAGCAGGACAAACUGCUUGACAGAAUGCAGCUCCCACAUCUGCACAAACCUGAAAAGGGAGGAGGAGGAGGAAGGUGAAAUAUUUGGAAACACUGAGAAAAUACAGCUUGUCAGAUUUUCUUUUGAAUCUAAAUUUGGUGAAUUGUGUUGGUUUCAAAAUCAGCUGUGAUUGGUUGUUUUUUUUUUUUCAGUUGGUUGUUUCAUUCCAUUCUUUACCAAAGCUGCUCCUUAAGUAGUUUAUUGCAGGAAGUUAUGAAUCACUAACUUAAAAGGGGAAUUUUAUGUAAAUUGUCUGCUAGAAAUAAUAAUAAUAAUAAUAAUAAAAAAGAUAAAAAACUGA